AUGCUCUCUGGAUACGAUGGAAAGAGACAAGCCUAUGACACAGCAGGCUUGGUUGGCGUUCGCUUUGAGGACAUUGCUGGGGGAUUUCUGGAAUUUGAGCUGCUGAGCCAAUUUCGCAAUAGGCCACUGCUGAGUGUGGUGAAUAGCUGCAUGGGCUCUGACCGUGAAAAUGACGGUUCUUCGGCCUGGCGUACGGGCCAUUGUGUUGCUGGCAAGCUGACCAGCUCCUUUGGCAUCCCCAGGGUAGCACAGCAUCUCCUUAUAGGUUUUGCUGGGAACUUUGAGGAUGGCCUGAAUUGGGUGCUUUUUCGAUUGCAGAAUCACUCAGCGCAUAGCGAGUUUACAUAUGCCUUUGGUACGCAGAACAAGACCAACCCCGGCUUUGCAGGCCGAGUGUAUAUCUAUGGUGUUCAACAUGCAGUAGAGAGUGCGGGGAUGUGGAAAUCUGUCACACGACCCUGCGCGAUUGAUUCUGAAGGCUGUAUCACCAGCCACAACUUUCCAAGGCAGGACACCUUUGAGACAGGGAGUUUCAGCUUGAUCAAGUUCCAAAUAGAUCCCUUGAUCGCUUUGAAGUUUCAGCUUGCCAGUCUCGCACUGGGAGGUUUUAUGGCUCUCAGGACAGCGUCAAAACGCUUCAAAAGAAUGAAUGCAGGCAACGGCAAAAGUGUUUUGAACCUGAAUGCAACCUUUUCAUACUUGCUCAGACAGUGA